CUCGAUGCAAUUACUCUUGAAACCCUCCGACUUGGAACUCCAUUUUUCCUUCCCCGUGUCGUCCCUGAAGAGGGUGUUGAAAUAGAGGGUAAUUUUAUUCCUGGCGGGACGAUUGUCGCUGUUGCGGCCUAUUCACAACAAAUCUCCGAGGCGAACUUCCAUCCAAACCCUCAGGACUUCAUACCUGAACGGUGGCUUCAAAGUAAUCACGGCGAAAGCACAGGAAUCAGACGCUCAGCACUGGGAUCGUUUUCAUUCGGACCUUAUGCUUGUGUUGCAAAACGGUUUGCAAUGCAAGAAGUCAGGCAUGUCCUAGCGCGACUAAUCUUAACUUUCGACAUGGAGUUUGUG